UUCUGUUGUCCCACAGCUUGGCUGGAGCAACACACACCUCUUCAGCAUGCACUGGUCUACCGCGCUAUACAACGCUGCGGAGCGGUUCGACGGCGGCGCUCGCAGCUUCCCUCCAGCUAGCGAAGCUAGUUUCAGCAGCAAGUAUGGGUAUGAACCGCCGAAUGAAGACUACGAGAAGCUCUUCUUCUGCCGAGCGACCAUCUCACGCUCGCAGCGUGAUCCAGGUGCUCGCCCGCACAGCGCAGGAUGGCUGAUCCCCACCCGUGACGAUGCCAGCGUCUGCAAGCCCGUCUUCAUUGCCCACUCCGUCUUGUCAGCGAUCUGGCUUCUGCGCGAGACGCUCGCCGACGACGUCCUGCCUAGCGAUGUCUGGGACCGUCUGGUCUGCGCGGCCCAGUCGCUCGCGGAAGAUGGCAUAGUAGAGCCGCCGUCUGCGCAGAAGCCGUCUGCCUCCCCUCUAACCCAACGCAAGAAACGACCAGCACCCUCCGCGCCAGCGCUGUCGCCCAAGCGCGCUCGCACAGAAGCGGUCGAGACGCCGGCAGCCAGCCCUCAGCCAUCCGAGCAACUCAGCGAACUGGAAGAGCAGCCAGGAGAGCAGCCCGGAGAGCGGCCGGUAGAGGAGCAGCGCACCACCACCACAGUCACUAACAACAACCGCCGCGCUGAGCGGGAACGCAUCAAGAAACACGAAGCUGCCCUGAUAGAGCGCAGCCUGGAUCUUGGCCUCGUCGCGCCAGACCAGAGAGCAGGCGACGAUGAACGUGGCGCCUACGCGUCCAUAUCCUCCAAGGACAAGGAGGUCAUAUCGUGGCUUUUCAAGCAGGAAGCCGUAGGCGGCAACAAGAAGAAGCUGAACUUCUACGACGCCGUUAAGACGCCUUACCUAAAGGCACGCGAGUUUGUGGCCAAGGCGCGCGCUCUUGGGAGCUCGUCGUCUCAAGAGCACGCUGCCCACUUCCUCCAGGUCUGGCGAAAGCGCGGAACGCUCUUCGGCGGCGGAGUGGCUGCGCGGUACGACGCCCCUUCUUCGCAGCUGCAGCAUUUGCGUGCAAUGUUGGUCGAUCCCUCACGGCAGAGCAGCGCAGAUCGAGCGUUCUGCUCUGCGUGGGAGCGGUGCAACGUCUACGACGAAGUGAUGAAGUCGGUGCACAUCGAGUACAGAUCGAACACAAUGACAAGCUUGUCAGCAGCGACAAGACAAAUCAAUUUGGCAAGGGCCUCCGCCGAACAGAGGCCAUAGACUCUCUCCUGCACUUGGUCAACUCUAACCCCAACCCUUCUAAGAAAGAGCGGGAUCUCUUUCGGGCGCGGCUCGCUAGAGCAUUCAAGUGGUACAGGGUGGCUGAAGGCCUGGGCUGGGGCGUGCUCCUGGUCAUGCCGGACAACGCCAUACUGAAGACUUGGAUUGAGCACGAGAUCCGCUCCUGGGGUGUCAACGUCUUUAUCAAGCUGGUCAGGAAGGAGCGUCCAGAUGUCUGUCUCGCAGCUAAGCAAUUUGAUGAAUGGUUAGGCCCAGAGGGCAUCGCGGGAGGCAAGAUCAAGGGGAAGAAGACGCUGAGCAUUAAGGUCAAGGCUCUAGAGACAACUUACAAGGUGGAGGAGAUUGAGGACAGCGAAGACGACAGCGAGGAAGAAGAAGAGGAAGCAGACAGGCGCGUUGAGAUUGCGCAGUCGCAGGUUCGCUUCAAGAGCGCGCCAGCGGCGCCUCUGCGCCAG